ACCCAUCUAUAUAAAAGCGGGCACCUAGCAAUGCAGAGCUCACUCACUUUACGGAUCUGGACGAGUUCACUUUGGUUGAUUCUGAACUGAGCUGUACAGAUUAUUAAGUGAAUUUGCGAACUCAACAGAGUAAGCAACUGAGGCUGUUGACGCGCUGUGACAGACAGAAAGUUUCUUUAGACCACCAAUCUAAAUUGAGACUGAGUCUAAGCAGUUUGUUUACAGACUUCUUUACUUUCGACAUCAUGUGGUCGCGGUGGUCCAUUACUAAACACAGUGAUGGAGGUGAUGUCGAAGGGGUGGAUUUUGUCCUGCCAGGCGCUGUUUUGACAUCUAACAACACCGUCCGCACGACCGGACUUCUGUUAGACGUUAUGAACGCUGCCGGUGGCUCAAAAGAAGGAGAGGUGACUGCACGUGAUGAGCCUAAUAGCUCAACAGUGUUUGUCAAUAAGGAGGAGAGUGAUGGAGGAGAUGUUGGAGUGGUGGGAUUUGUUCUACCCAACGCUGUUUUGACACAUGACACAGUCCAGACCACCGGAUGUUUGUCAAAUGUCAUGCGUGCUGGUAGUUCAAAUCAAGUAAGAGGAGAGGAGUUUUCCCCUACCUAUGGUGGGGUGGAAAGCGUAUCAGAAAAAACUAAGAAAAAGGGUGCUUUUAAAAAAGCGGCGAAAGCUAUAAAACGCCCAUUCCAGAGCCUCUGGAAAACCAAAGUCGAGAACAUUGUGCUUUGCCAGGAGCUUGAUGCCGAUCCAGGCAUUCCUGAGCCAAAGGCCGAUGUUGACUGUACCAGAGAUAAGCCAAAGGCUAGGAUCAGUCAGGACCAACACAAACAAAAAGGGGCAAAGUUUCCCUUCUUUGACUGGCUCCGGAGGGGCAAAGUGGAGCCUAUGCCGUCUCCACAGCCUGAAGCCGUUGCAGCUCGUCCUGAUGAAUGGGAUGAUGCUGACCUCGGCAAUUCUCAGUCAAAGACUAACGUUGGUCCAGACAAACCUAACGCAUUGGCGAAAAUUCGACAAUUCUUUAACCGCCUCCGGAGAAACGAUGGGGACCUUGUUGUGCCUUCUGCACGGCAAGAUGCCGAUACGGCUAAUCCUGUUUCAAAGGAUGAUGCCGAUCUGGCCAGUCCCUCUGUAGACAUUGCCGCGCUACAGGAAGCUUCAGUUCCAGCUUAUAUUGGGCUAAACAAAACUAACAAACAACCCAAACUAAAAGCUGUCAGCAGUCCUGAUACAAAGGAUGAUGCUGAUCUGGCCAGUACUUUUGUAGCCGAUGCCGAGCUACACAAAGCUUCAGUUCCAGCUUAUAUUGGGCUAAACAAGACUAACAAACAACCCGAACUAAAAGCUGUCAGCAGUCCUGAUACAAAGGAUGAUGCUGAUCUGGCCAGUACUUUUGUAGCCGAUGCCGAGCUACAGAAAGCUUCAGUUCCAGCUUAUAUUGGACUUAAAAAGACUAACAAACAACCCGAACUAAAAGCUGUAAGCAGUCCUGAUACAAAGGAUGAUGCUGAUCAGGCCAGUACCUCUGUAGUCGAUGCAGAGCUACAGAAAGCUUCAGUUCCAGCUUAUAUUGGGCUAAAGGGUUGUGAAAAUCAUAAUCUUGAUUUAAAGAAUAGCAAACAAUUCAAACUUAAGGCUGCCAGUAAUCCUGACCCAAACGUUCCAGACAAUCCUGGGCAAAAAUCGUCCAGAAAUCCCAGACCAAAAGUUGAAGAAAAUCUUGGUCAAAAAUCGUCCAGAAAUCCCAGACCAAAAGUUAAAGAAAACCCUGGGCAAAAAUCGGCCAGAAAUCCCGGACCAAAAGUUAAAGAAAACCCUAGACAAAAAUUGGCCAGAAAUCCCAGACCAGCAGUUGCAGAAAAUCAUGGGCAAAAAUCUGCCAGAAAUCCCAGACGAAAAGUUAAAGAAAAUCCUGGACAAAAAUUAGCCAGAAAUCUCAGACCAGAAGUUGAAGAAAAUCCAACGCUAAAAGUUGCUAAGGAACCUGAGCCAAAAGUUGAAGAAAUUCCCACACUAAGCGAUUUCCACUCUAAAUAUGAGGCAAAUCUCAUCGAUAGGGAUUCUGGCAAGUUCUUCAAAGGAAUUCGUAAAGCUGAUGGUAAAGAGGUCGCCAUCAAGUUUGUGAACAUAGAAAGUCACACCAAGUUUGUUUCUGUUCCUGGAUAUUCCAAACCACUUCCAGAAAAAGUGGCAGUGAUGCUGAAGUUAAGAGAAGCUCCUGAAUGCCCCUAUGUUAUACAAAUGUAUGACUGGUAUGAGAUGGACAACAAGUUCAUACUGGUUUUUGAGUACCUUACAAACUGUGACAAGUUGUGGACUUAUAUAAGACUCCGAAGAAAACUGAAGGAAGAUAAAGCACGCUACCUAUUGGUUCAAUUAUUAAGAGCAGUUAAACACUGUUUGGAUAACGGCGUGUUACACAGAAGUAUCAGAUCUCCUUGCAUCUUGGUGGAGAAAAGCAGUUUACACCUGAAGUUGUGCGACUUUACCUGUGGUACUCUAGUUGGCAGUGAUGGCUAUUCCACAACAUUUAACGGAUAUAAGCAUGCAGCCUCCCCUGAGGACUGGAAUGUCUGUCAGUUGAGUUUUUUGCUGUAUGAGAUGCUGAAUGGCCAGGAGAUCUAUCCCGCUUAUUGUACAUCAUCAGAAGAAGAAUUUAAGUUUUAUAAUCCCUUUGUAUCAAGGGAUGCCUUUGAUCUCAUUCAUUGGGGCAUAGGCAUGCCAGAGGACCGACCCACAAUCCAUCAGUUCUUAGCACAUGACUGGUUUAAGGGUGAAGGGUUACUGGACAUAAAUCCAUAUGAACAACCGGCAGUCAAUAAGAUCUUUGAAGAUGACUGGACUACUAAGGAAUGGCGCCGAAAAUUGAAAGCCCUCAAAGAGGAAAGACGAACAUUCAUAAAAAAGAAGGGGCUGUAACCUGCAAACUCAACUCAAUUAUUCAGCUUAUACCACAGUUCCCACAGACAUUGCUCUGGUGGUUAUUUUAAGACAUUAGACAGGUCAGGUGUGCAUUUAUUGAAAAAUUGCUAAGGAACCUGAGCCAAAAGUUGAAGAAAAUCCCACACUAAGAGAUUUCCACUCUAAAUAUGAGGCAAAUCUCAUAGAUGGGCAUUCUGGCAAGGUCUUCAAAGGAAUUCGUAAAGCUGAUGGUAAAGAGGUCGACGAGGACAAUGAGGAUACUGGCCAAAUACUGUCCAUCCUUUAAACAUGAUGCCUGUCAAACAACCACCGGCUGAACGCGUUUUUAUCCGUUUACAUAUAUAUCUUCCAAGGGUUUUUUCCUCCUAGGACUUUUCCCAUUGGGUUUUUCUCCUAGGGGGUUUUUUACACCCCUGGGAGUCAGCCGACUUUGGCUUAAACGUAGCACCCCCUUCUAUACGUUAGAUAUUACUACGCUCGCUUGUUCAGUUUAAUCUUAUCCGCUGUAUUUUGCUACUUAUAUUGUCUAUCGAUUUUUCAGUGUUUCCCCCGCUUCUAUUAAUGUAAAUCUGCUUUGAAACAAUUACUAUUUGUGAAAAUAUUCAAUAAAAUUGAAUUGAGUCAUUUGCAAAAAGGUACUUUAUUUUGGAUAUUAAUACUGAAUACUGUUACUAUUUUGCACCCAAAUUAUUGUCACUUUUAAUUGAGGUUAUAUUCUACUGUGAUGUAAUGAUGUUAAGUAAGUCCAUUUAUCUUACUUUCUUUAAUAAACUAAUGAAUUUUUCAUUGUUUUUUUGUUUGUUUUUUUAGACACACUAUUUAUUAAAAAGUCUACUUAGUGAACAUUUAAGACACUUUGAUCAAAUCUUUUGCCUACACAUUUUUUCUAUAUCAAGCAAUGGAAAUGCUGUGGCUCAAAGCACCGUAAUUUUAAAGGUUCUUUACUAAAAGAUUGACAUGGGAAAUAAUUGAGUAAUUGUUUUAAAUGUAUAUAAUAAAGUGGCUGUUUUCCGGACAGGGAUUAGACUAGCGCUAGACAGACUAAAAUAAAUGUAAGAGCUGUCAAAAAAGGAAAACAACUUGCACUGACAGAUCUUUAAAUACAUCAGUACCUUUUGUUUUACUUCAAAAUGCACAUAAGUAAUGUUUUAUUAAGGCUUGUUGUUAAAACUAGUUAUACUUCCUAAUUCAACUAAGGUCUUCUAGUCCUGUUUUAAGAUAAUCCCUGUCCGGGAAACCGCCCCUAGGUGUUGGGUAAUCACACCAUGAUUUAAAAUAACGUAAACUGUUGCAA